UGUUAGUGAUUUAGUCACAGGCUCAGGGGAGAGGCAAGUCCGCUAGGGGAGAGGAAUCAGGACAGGGAGGGAGGGAGAGAAAGGGAGGAAGUCCACACAAGUUUGUUUUACAGGGCUCAGAUCAGGCUGGGACGAGGCACAGCUGCAUCUGGAGGUCGGAGUAGCAGAAAAGUGAAACCAACGGGAACAGCCCAUCAAGAGGAGCUGCCCAGAGAUUUUCCUACAGCCAGGAGACACUGUCAGAGACAGAGACAGAAAAAGAGGAUCAGUGCUCCACUGGGCAAACACACAAAUAUGGCUGCUAAAUCUCUGUCCUGCCUUUGCCUUCUCUGCAUCCUCUCAGGGAUUGCCUAUCCAGCUUCUGCCACUAGGCCUGGGGAACAGCAACAGUCAGUGCUGAAAGUGUGUGCGAAGGGAUUUUUCCUUAGUGAGCAAAACAUAUGCUUACCAUGUAACUGUAAAGGCCACGCUGACUACUGUGAAGACAUCACUGGCAUUUGCAUAAACUGCAGGGACCACAGUGCAGGUGAUUUCUGUGAAAUGUGUGAAGAUGGUUACAUGCUGGCUCCCAGUCUGGAUAGACGCCACUCCUGCCGACCUUGCGCCUGCCCCCUCUCAGUCCCCUCCAACAACUUCGCAGUGCACUGUGACAGAGGAGGAACCGUUCUGCGGUGCAAGUGCCAAGAGGGCUAUGCCGGACAUUUCUGUGAGAGGUGUGCUCCGGGUUACUAUGGCAACCCCAUGGCGAUUGGUAAUUCCUGUAAGAGGUGUGACUGUAACGGCAACUCCGAUCCCAACCUGAUCUUCAACGAGUGCCACAACGUGACAGGCCACUGCCAGCACUGCUGGGGAAACACCGCCGGUGCCAACUGUGAGAGGUGUGCCCCAGGUUUCUAUGGCGACGCCAUCACUGACAAGAACUGCAGAGAAUGCAUGUGCAAUAAAUGUGGCACCUCUUCAUGCGAUGACAGGACAGGAGUGUGUCACUGCAAGCCAGGUGUCACUGGACGACUCUGUGACCAGUGUGAGGAGGGCUACUCAGGUUUCUCCAGCUGUCAGGGCUGCCGGAGGUGUGAAUGCGGGCCAGCUUCUGUUCGUUCCACCUGCCAUCCUCUCACCCAUAGCUGUCCGUGCCGCCCGGGGGCUGGAGGUCGUUACUGCGAGCGCUGCCUCCCAGGUUACUGGGACUACAGCCCCUCCGGCUGCAAGAAGUGCGACUGUGAAAAGGGCCACUGUGAUAUGCACACAGGAGAGUGCCUGCCAGAGGCUGCAACAGUCAACCUGUGCAACAUCAGUUGUGAUGAGUGUAUUUGGCAUCUGAUUGGGGACUUGCGGUUGUCCAAUAAGACACUGGACCAGCUGAAGGUUGGAGUGUUGAACAUCUCCACUGGGGCUGCUGCUAACGACAGGCUCAAAUACUACAACUACACAGCUCAUCGACUGCAGACUCAGUUUCAAGGCUGGAGGAACAAAUCAUCUGCAAUCAAGGCACAGACUGGGGAGCUGGAGGAGGCCACUGACACUGUGGUGUUAGACAUCAGACAGCUGGGAGAAUCGGAGAGUGUGGUGAUGACUUUGGGGAACAGGCUGGAUAACGACACAUCAGAAACCUUAACCCUGGCUGAGCAGCUCAGUACAAACCUCACUGAUCUCAACAUUCGCAUCGAAGAGAUGAUCCAUGACUGGGAGCUGUACAGUGUUCACCAGGAUGUGGACCCAGAGGUGGUCAGACGCAACACAGAGGAAGCCCAGGGAAUGGUGGCCUGGAUGAGGAAACUGGACCUGUCCCCACGAGAGCCCAUUGCCACUGACGAGUCAACUGAGGCCCACGACUUGCUGAGGCGUAUCCGUCAGUUGGAGAAGAAGUUGAUCAUCACAGACAGCCGCCUCCCACCUGUCAGGGAGGUUCUGACCCGCUUCUCCACCAAGCUGUUGGAUGCUCAGGGUUUUCUCCAGAAAGCAGCCAGCACCAUCCAGGAGACAGAGAACAAGUACACAGCCAACGUCCUCAAAUUCCAGAGGAAUGAGGUGAAGCAGCAGGGGCUGACAGAUGACCAUACUGCUGUCAAUGACACACUGGAAGUAGCCAGAGGCUUCAUCUCUGACACAGAGAGGACUGUGGCUGAGGUGGAUGCUAUGGUGCAGAAUGUGACAGAGUACCAUGCAGCGAUAGAUGGUGCCAGCCAAAAGCUGAUGGAGAAGACAGAGCGUCUCUCGCUGGCCGACAGAGAUCUGGUUCAGACGGCCGACGAUCACGCUGAGGAGCUGGACAGACAGGCCAACGAACUGGAGGAGGAUCUGAGAGCGAGUGAUGCCAACGGCUUUGUGCAGAGAGCCAUAAGUGCCGCCAAUGUCUACAACAACAUAGUGAAAUACAUCGACGAUGCCAACAUCACCUCACUCACCACCCUCAACUUAUCCCAAAGAGCUGAAGAUGCUAUCACUGGCGUCAACAAACAGCUUGGAUACCUGGUGACACAGAGUGACAAUGUUUUCAAGGAGUCUGUUUCAUUACGCUCAGAACAAAUUGAGGUUGAAAGUGAGGUGGCUGACAAGCUGAAAUACAUUGAAGAGACCAAAGAGACCAUGGAUAAAAACACCAAAAAACUUUCAGAAAUAGUGCAGGAUAUCAGUGGAAUUCAGGCAGACAGAACACCACAGCGCCUGGAGUUCACCCUGAAGGUAGCUGAGGGUACUCUCAACCGCUCAGCAGAAGUCCUUCAAACUGUCACCCCCAUAAGCAGCAAGGUUGAGGAAUGGGCCAACAACAUGAGAAACAAUGAAUACUCCACAGCUGCUUAUGAGCAGGCCGUUUCUUCUGCCGGAGACGCUGUGGAGAACCUGAAUGUGCUCGUUCCUGAGUUGCUGAACAAGCUGAAGGUGGUUGAGGAGAAGAAACCUGUCAACAACGUGACCACCAACAUCAUGAGGAUCAGAGAGCUCAUAGCCCAGGCCAGGAGCGUGGCCAAGAAAGUCCAAGUGUCCAUGAAGUUUAACGGCCAGUCCUCGGUGGAGGUUCAUCCUCACACCAACCUGGAAGAGCUGAAGACAGUGACAUCCAUUAGCUUGUUCAUGAGAGUGGACCCUGACAAGGAUCCCAUAGAGGACCGUUUCAUCCUUUACUUGGGAGACAGAAAUGGUGCAAAGGACUACAUGGGUUUGGCUAUCAAGAAUGACAACCUGGUGUACGUUUACAACCUCGGUGGCGAAGAUGUUGAAAUCCCACUGGGUUCAAAGCCUGUUAGCCAGUGGCCUGCAGUCUUCAAUUACAUCAAAGUAGAGAGGCUGGGCAGACAUGGAAAAGUCUUCCUGACCAUUCCCAGUCAGAGUUCCACAGACGAGCAGAAGUUCAUCCAGAAAGGCGAGGCUCCAGGCACUGAUUCCCUGUUUGACAUUGACCCCAAGGAUAUAGUGUUUUUUGUUGGUGGUGUCCCACCAGAUGUCAGGCUUCCUCCCCCCCUGGCUCUUGCUCCUUUUGUGGGCUGCAUUGAGUUGGCCUCGUUGAACAAUGAUGUGAUCAGUCUAUACAAUUUCAAGAUGACUCACAAAAUGGAUAUGGUUACAUCAUCACCAUGCCCCAGGUACAAGUUGGCGUUCUCGCAGAGUCGCAUUGCCAGCUACCUGUUUGAUGGAACAGGCUACGCGCUCAUCAAUAAUAUUGAGAGGAGGGGCAAGUUUGGUGUUGUCACAAGAUUUGAUAUUGCAGUACGAACAGUUGCAAACAAUGGUGUCCUAUUCCUCAUGGUCAGUGGGGAUAAAUUCUUCCUUUUAGAAUUAAAAAAUGGCUUCCUGCGCCUUAUGUACGACUUUGGCUUCAGCAACGGGCCAAAACUUUUGGAGAAUAACUUACCAAAGCUGCAAAUAAAUGAUGCACGAUACCACGAGGUGUCAGUCAUCUACCAUCAGUCCAAGAAGGUGAUCUUACUAGUGGACAAAAGCCAUGUUAAGUCUAUGGAGAAUCCAAAAACCACACUGCCUUUCUCAGAUAUCUACAUAGGUGGGGCUCCUUCGAGUAUCCUAAAAUCCAGGCCAGAGCUGUCUGCUGUGAUGGGUUUGAAAGGCUGUGUGAAAGGCUUCCAGUUCCAGAAAAAAGACUUUAACCUGCUGGAGGAACCUGGUACUAUUGGCAUCAGCAGCGGCUGCCCUGAGGAGUCCUUUAUGUCCCGUAAAGCCUAUUUCACUGGAGAGAGCUACCUGGGAUCCACAGCAAAGAUUUCACCCUUCGACAACUUUGAAGGAGGCCUCAACUUUAGAACAUUGCAGUCCAGUGGACUUCUGUUCUAUCACAGUGAAGGGUCUGAUGAAUUUAGUAUCUCCCUGGAGAAUGGAGCAGUGGUGCUAAACUCCAGAGGUACAAGAGUCAAAUCACACAAGAAACAAUACAGUGAUGGAAGAACACACUUCUUAGUGGCCUCAGUGAACAAUCAGAAGUAUUCUCUGUUGGUGGAUGACAAAGACAAGCAGGAGAAGAAACGUCCGUCAUCAGCCACAAGAUCCUCAUCAGGUUCUGCUGUAAAAACCUUCUACUAUGGUGGGUCUCCAAGCAGCAGCUUCAAGAACUUCACAGGCUGCAUCAGCUAUGCCUACAUCAACAGACAAGACCGGGACAUUGAACCAGAGGACUUUCAACGGUACACAGAGAAGGUUCAGACCUCCCUGCAGGACUGUCCAGUCCAGCGCCCCCCUGCCGCUCUACUGUCAGGACACAGCGUUAACACAACCAGAGUUAAACAUGGCCAGUCACAGAAGGUUACCAGGGAUAAGUCCAGCCUCCCUCUAGGCCUGAGCCUAAUAUCAGAGCCAAAUAUGGAGCCCUGCUACCUCUCCUCAAGUCCCAGAGCAUCUCCCCAAGCCUUCCACUAUGGUGGCAUUGCCAAUAGCAGACAGCACUACAAAGAUCUCCCUGACUCCCUCUCUGAGAGGUCCCACUUCUCCUUGUCCCUGAAGACCCACUCAUCCUUUGGUCUCAUCUUCUAUGUAUCUGAUGUCCAAGAGGACAACUUCAUGGCUCUCUUUCUGGCCCAUGGGAAGCUUGUAUACACCUUCAAUGUAGCAGACCAGAGAGUCAAAAUCAAGAGUGAGAAGAAAUACAAUGAUGGUGCAUGGCAUAAUGUUAUUUUUAUCCGUGAUGAAAGUAUGGGACGGUUGAUAAUUGAUGGGCUUACAGUGCUGGAGGACGAGCUUGAGGGAAGCAACACCUCCUGGCAUGUCAACAGUCCCCUCUAUGUUGGAGGAGUUCCACCUGGGAGAGCUCAGAAGAAUAUUCAGAGAAACUCAGCACACAGCUUUACAGGCUGUUUGAAGAACCUUCAGCUCGAUGGGCAGCAGUUGUCCUCUGCGACAGAGACGUUUGGGGUCACACCCUGCUUUGAGGGAGUCUCUGAGACAGGAACAUACUUCUCAAAAGAGGGAGGAUACAUUAUGCUGGAUGACUCUUUUGACCUCGGGCUGAGGUUUGAGCUGGUGAUGGAGGUGCGCCCCCGUGUGUCAUCUGGGGUGCUAAUGCAUGUGCACGCAGCAGAGGGCUUUUUAACUAUGUACAUUCAUCAAGGAGCAGUGGUGGUUCUUGUAAAUGAUGGGACCCAUGAGUUCUUCACAAAGGUGUCUCCAAGACAGGAUCUGUGUGCUGGAAACUGGCACAGAAUUACUGUGAUCCGAGAUGCCAAUGUUGUCCAGCUGGAUGUGGACUCUGAGGUCAACCAUGUGGUGGGACCUCUGAAUGCCAGCUCCACAGAUAGUACAAAGCCAGUGUUCAUCGGUGGAGCUCCCGAUCUUUUCCUCCCAGAGAACAUUCCCACCAGAGAGGCCUACGUGGGCUGUAUGAGGAACCUGAGCAUCAAUAACAGUCAAGUGAACUUCAGCAAAGCUGUUCUGGUCAGUGGAGCUGUCAGCAUUGGAACCUGCCCAGCAGCAUAACACUUUUGUCAACACCAUCACUAUCCCCAAUACAGCACUGACCAAACACAUUUAAAAAGUCUCUCUGUUAAACAUAACCAUAAAGAGAAGUAUUGUCAUUCUUUUCACUCUGUCAGAUUUAUGUCCUUGUUUCUGUCUUUAAUUUGUUGAGUCUUUUUAAUUAUUUUAUGUGAAAUUGCCCACAUGACCAAAUCGUCCAAUUUUAAGAAUGGAAAAAACUAUGUGAAAAGAAAAAAAACCCAUAAAUCAUCUAAUCAGUAAUAAGAGAAUGUGUGUCAGAUUCAGAAUCAUGAGGAAUGUUUUAUGGUCCACCGUCCCUUUUGUACACAUUUGUGCUCAAAACCUUUCUUUUUUUUUUUACAGUUUUAUUUCUGACAAAUAAAUAAUGUUUUCCACCCA